UAGUCAUCGUCGCCUUCCGAUAGCUCCUCCAAACCCACCAUGGCCCCCGCAGUGACUUUCGACUCUCAGCCCCUCGAGGCGCCUCUUCUUCUCAACAAGACCGGCGUAAAGAGUGAGGUGGCCAACGGCGCCUAUGAUGUCAAGGAGGACUACAAUGGUGACUACCGCUUUGCGCCCAUCGAGGAAGCGCAGGUGUCGAGGGCGAUGAUCAAGCGCUACUUCAACCUGAUGUAUGAGCGCGCCAUUUCGGACGUGGUGAUCAUCGGUGCCGGUAGCGCAGGUCUCUCUUGUGCGUACCACCUCGGCAAGACGCGCCCCGACCUCAAAAUCACGAUCAUUGAGGCGAGCGUUGCUCCCGGUGGAGGCGCCUGGCUCGGAGGACAGCUGAUGACACCCAUGGUCGUCCGCAAGCCCGCCGACCGCUUCCUCCAGGAGCUGGGCGUGCCGUUCGAGGACGAAGGCCCGUUCGUGGUUGUGAAGCACGCCGCGCUCUUCACCUCCACCAUCCUCUCGCGCGUGCUCUCCCUCCCGAACGUCGCGCUCAUGAACGCGACCGCCGUCGAGGACCUCAUCGUGCGCCCGGACGCCCUCAAUCCUGGGGCGCAGCGCGUCGCUGGGGUCGUCACGAACUGGACGCUCGUCGCGCUCAACCACGACACGCAGUCGUGCAUGGACCCGAACGUGAUCACCGCGCCCGUCGUCGUGAGCGCGACGGGCCACGACGGCCCGAUGGGCGCGUUCUCCGCGAAGCGCCUCGUGAGCAUGGGGCUCCUCAAGGAGCUCGGGAACAUGCGCGGGCUCGACAUGAACCGCGCGGAGCCCGCGAUCGUCAACGGCACGCGCGAGGUCGCCCCCGGGCUCGUCAUGACCGGUAUGGAGCUGUCCGAGCACGAUGGCUCGAACCGCAUGGGACCGACGUUUGGCGCGAUGAUGGCGAGCGGUAUCAAGGCGGCGCGCGAGGCUAUCCGCAUCAUCGAGUCUUCGCAGAUCGUCGACGGCAAGAUCGUAGCGUGAACAGAACGCCGAGUUGCUUAGGCGGAGGGUAGGAAGAAAUAAGUCCAUCCAGAACAGUGUAUAUUCCUAAACAACUUGCGUGUAAACCCAAUGUACAUUGACCCCCACUCAC